ACAUGUGUGUUGUAAUGUGUGUCCUUUGACAGACAGGAGGCGCUGUUAGCAGCCAUCAGUGAGAAGGAUGCCAACAUCGCCCUGCUGGAGCUGUCCUCGUCCAAGAAGAAGAAGACGCAGGACGAGGUGGCCAUGCUGAAGAGAGAGAAGGACAGCCUGGUACAACAGCUCAAACAACAGACCCAGAACCGUAUGAAGCUGAUGGCUGACAACUACGAGGCUGAGCAUCUGAAGGCCUCCUCACGUUCUGAGCAGACCAAUCACAAACCCUCCCCAGACCAGAUCAUCCCUCCUCUCCUGGACCUGAACCAGAACCGCAGUAAGCUGAAGAUGUAUAUUGGUCACCUGAGAGACCUGUGUCAGGAGAGAGACCCCCAGAUCCUGCAGGACCUGACACCUCCCUCCUCCUACCACAGCUCUCAACACACCGCCUGGGAGACACAGCUUCACAACAUGACCCCAGAGCAGUUGGAGUCGGAGCUGGCGGUGUGUGAGAGGGAGAGUGCAGAACUCCAGGAGCAUGCUAACUGUGUCCUGCAGCAGAUUGCUGACCACUGCCCCGACAUCCUGGAGCAGGUGGUCAACGCCCUGGAAGAGUCCUGCUGACCUGUCAAUGUCCCCGCCAGCCACACUCUCACAACGCGUCAAGAGAGAGAGAGAGAGAGAUGCCUUUAUAUUCGCGAUCCUUCAUUUCCUGCCUUACCAGUUCUCCCAAUAUCUCUUUGGGGAUUUGUUACUGAUUUAUUAACAAUGAUUUGUCAGAUUGGUGCAACAAUCCUCUAAAUCUAAAAAUGUUUGUGGUGAGAAGGCCUUCUUGAACCGUUCAUGACGUUGAACCCUGUCUUUUUCUUAGACCUGACCACAAAACCUGUCCGUUACUAAGGUGUGGUCAACCAUGUUAUAUUAGUGUUACUCACAUACAGUUACUGCUUAGUUACUACACAGUUACUGCUUAGUUACUACACAGUUACUGCUUAUGUACUGCUUAGUUACCACACAGUCACUGCUUAGUUAUCAUACAGUUACUGCUUAGUUACUACACAGUUACUGCUUAUUUACUGCUUAGUUACCACACAGUUACUGCUUAGUUACUACACAGUUACUGCUUAGUUACCACACAGUUACUGCUUAUUUACUGCUUAGUUACCACACAGUUACUGCUUAGUUACCAUACAGUUACUGCUUAGUUACUACACAGUUACUGCUUAGUUACUACACAGUUACUGCUUAGUUACUACACAUGUACUGCUUUGUUACUACACAGUUACUGCUUAAUUACUACACAGUUACUGCUUAGUUACUACACAGUUACUACACAGUUACUGCUUAGUUACUACACAGUUACUGCUUAGUUAGUUACUGUCCUAAUGGUGACUGUCCUAAUGGGAUGGGGAUAUCAUUAUGGCCAAUAUGAAGAGAAGCUAGAGACUCUGAAUCAUGGUCAUGUACCCACUACUUAGACCAUUCUAGAAUCCCUCCUACAGCUUUCUGUCCUGUCGUCCUGCAUUCCACAUGGAACCCUAUUCCCUUUAUAGAACCCUAUUCCCUUUAUAGAACCCUAUUCCCUUUAUAGAACCCUAUUCCC